AUGGCUGGUUGUGAGGUUGAGGAACCACUCCUUUCCACCAUAUGUGAUCAAGAUGGAAUAAAAAAUGAAGAAAAUUCUCAAACAUCAUUUUCUGGUGAUGUAGAUGAGAUUGUUCCUGUAAAUGGAAUUAAAGAUCUUGUUAGAGAAUUCUACACUGAAUCAAAGAAGCAAUGGGUUCUUGCUGGUCCGAUCAGUUUCACCUACUUUAGCCAGUACUGCAUCAUGGCCACCACUUUGGUGGUUGUUGGCCAUAUCGGAACCAUUCAACUGGCUGCAGUUUCUGUGGAGAACACUGUUAUUGCUGAUUUUUCUUAUAGUGUAUUGUUGGGCAUGUCAAGUGCGCUAGAGACGUUUUGCGGGCAAGCAUUUGGAGCAAAUCAAUUGGAUAUGCUUGGAAUACAGAUGCAAAGAUCAUUGCUGAUACUCAACAUCAUGGCACUUGCAAUGCUCUCUCUCUUCAUAUUUGCCACUCCAAUCUUGAAACUUUUAGGGCAAACAGCCUCUAUUUCAACAGAAGCAGGGAAAUUCUCGCUCUGGAUGAUUCCCCAGCAAUUCGCCUAUGCCAUGAUGAUUCCGACAGCAAAAUUUUUACAGACACAAAGCAGGGUCAUGGCAAUAUCUGUCAUUGCAGCAGCAGCGCUUGGUUUACAUGUUUUCUUAACCUGGUUUUUUAUGCUGAAACUCGGGUGGGGCCUGGCAGGCGCGGCCAUGACACUAAAUGUGGCGUGGUGGUUCAUCGCAAUUGCUCAACUCUUGUACAUCAUUGCCGGAAACUGUGGCGAAGCUUGGUCUGGAUUUUCGUGGAAAACCUUUGAAAAAUUGUGGGUGUUUUUAAAGAUAUCUAUUGCCUCAGCUGUGAUGAUCAGCUCUGAGAUGUGGUAUAUUACUGUUUUGACCCUGAUGAUUGGGAAUUUAGAAAAUGCAGAAGUUUCCGUGGAUGCGUCGUCUAUAUGUGUAAAUAUAUUGGGGUUGACCUCCAUGGUGGGUCUUGGAAACAAUGCAGCCACAAGUGUGAGGGUGUCAAAUGAACUCGGUUCUGAGCACCCGGGAAGGGCAAAAUGUUCCGAAGUUAAGCUUCUUGUAGAAGAGCUCACGCCAUUGCUAGGGCUAUGCAUACUCUUCACAAAUGUUCAAUAUACUCUCUUAGGAGUGGCCGUUGGGGUAGGGUGGCAAGUUCCAGUUGCCUGCAUAAAUAUUGCAUGCUACUUCCUGCUAGGCAUUCCAUCGGGAGUUUUGAUGGCCUACAAGUUCAAAAUGGACAUCAAGGGGCUUUGGUAUGGAAUGUUGCUAGGUUUAUGCCUACAAUCCUGCAUAUUACUCUGGAAGAUAUGCGUCGCAGACUGGAACAAAGAGGCUUAUUUCGCAAAAGAGAGAUUGAAAGAAUGGAGAGGGAUAACAGAUGCUGGAGGAACUUAG